CCCAGAACCCAGAUCCCCCUUUUGACCCUUUUCCGAUCCCCGGCUUUCCACGAAGCUUCUCUCUUCUCGCCUCUAUUUAAUCCCCUUCCUCGCCACUCCACAGAUAAUCACCAUUCAUCAAAGGCCAGCCACUCCAGCAGUAAUCCAGCAACAACGAAAUCCAGCCGAAGCUAGCAGAGCAAUGGGGAUGGGGGCGGGGCGGAGGGACGCGGAGGCGGAGCUGAACCUGCCGCCGGGGUUCCGGUUCCACCCGACGGACGAGGAGCUGGUGGCGGACUACCUGUGCGCGCGCGCGGCGGGGCGGGGCGCGCCGGUGCCCAUCAUCGCGGAGGUCGACCUCUACCGGUUCGACCCGUGGGAGCUGCCGUCCAUGGCGCUCUUCGGCACCCGGGAGUGGUACUUCUUCACGCCGCGGGACCGCAAGUACCCCAACGGCUCCAGGCCCAACCGCGCCGCCGGGAACGGAUACUGGAAGGCCACGGGCGCCGACAAGCCCGUCGCGCACAAGGGCAGGACCGCCGGGAUCAAGAAGGCCCUCGUCUUCUACCACGGGAAGCCCCCCCGCGGGGUCAAGACGGACUGGAUCAUGCACGAGUAUCGCCUCGCCGACACCAACAGGUCUUCGAAGAAGAAGGACGGCACGCUCAGGCUGGAUGACUGGGUGCUCUGCCGCCUCUACAACAAGAAGAACGAAUGGGAGAAGAUGCAGCAGCAACAGGAGCAAGACAAGGCGGCCAUGGCGACGGCGUCGUGGGGCGAGACGCGGACACCGGAGUCGGAGAUCGACAACGAUCCCUUCCCGGAGCUCGCGGACUCCUCGAUCCCGGCCUACACGACAGACGCGAUUCUGCCCAAGGAGGAGUUGCAGGAGCUGGAGCUGGACAAUGACUGGCUCAUGGGGAUCAACCUCGACGACCUGCAGGGCCCCGGCUCCAUGCUGCCGUGGGACGACUCCUACGCCGCUUCCUUCCUCUCGCCGGUGGGCGCCAAGACGGAGCAGGACAUCGGCUUCUUCUUCUGAGCUCUCCACAUCCAUCCGGGCCCUGGCGGUAGCAGUGUUGUUGUUGUCUACAGUGUAAACUGUAAAUAGUUCAGACUUGUUCAGGAUCCAGAGAUUCUUUCGUUUCUGUUUCUUUUAUUCUUCGGUCCCCUUCUCUAGCUUAUUGUUUGUACAGCAUGGUUGGUUACUCCAAUUGAUAGCGAGUAGGAGUACAUCCCAUUAUUCAUUUAGCUCGUGAAAUGAGAAAAAUAAUUUAACUUUAGAUUAUACUA